AUGAAUCGACACAUAUAUAUUUACAGGGUGCUGGGCAUAACGAUGUGGAACUGUUCAAUCAGUACCUCGAGAGACUGAAACGUUUUGUAUCUGUAGAGUUGCUCAACUGACAAAGACUGCAGGCCACUGGCCAGACAACACAAGGUGAUGAACAAAAUCCUGCAUCCACAUUGAGUUCCGGCACUUCCAGUUCGGCCACAGAGAGACUCCUCUAGCUAGCGGGGGCCGGGCCUAGCCGGGCCGGCCCCGAUAAAAAUUUAGUAAAAGUCGAGGGUGCGAACCCGCCCGCCCCCGCAUUUCCAUCCGGCGAACCUAACAGUGAUCCCUGUCCUACCGACGAGCCCAUAACCGCUCACAAUAUCAGCAUCAACGUGACUGACGCGGACUCGCCGGCGGGCGUGCGUCGUCGAGCCCACUUGCGCUCUCUCAGCGACGUGACCCCCGCGUGCCGGCCGGCCUCAGGCCGCGCUCGCUCGCAUUCCGAGAGGCCUCGUCCAUCGCCGGCAGCCUCCCUGGCACCCUCGCCCGCGCGACCUCGCCACGCUCUCACUCCGCGUCAGGCACGCAGCGAGCGCUCGUCGCCCGACGUGUCGCUACUCGCACUGGACGACACUGUGCGACCGCGCGACUUUCUCGACCCGUGGCGUAAGAUGAGCGACCUGGAGUUGCCGGCAUGUGGUGACCCCUGGGUGCGCAACAAGUCACCGGGCCGGCGCGGUCGGCUGGAGCGUCGCUCGGCGGUGCGGUGCGAGGCGUGCGGCGCAGAGAGCUGCGAGUGUUGGCGCUGCACGUGCGAGCCUCGGUCAGCUCGUCCGUCGCCGGCCCGCCUGGCGCCUCGGCCGCCCGCUCGCGCCCUAUCGGACGACAGCGCCGCGGAGAGACCUCGGAGGUUGUACAAAUCCUCGUCGCAGCGUUUGCUGGGAACGACGUCGACUAUCGAUCCGCUCCUCGAGACCACGUGUUGAACGGAACUGGAUUGCAUUCUCCGCGAGUAUUAAAUUCUAUUAGUGCGAAUUGUGUAUCCCCUCUUAGUUUUAAGAUUUCAAAAUUAUAUUUGUGUCGUGAUGACCGUUCGUGUCGAGUCUGCGUUGCGACAUCAUGUGUGAACGAUAUAUAAUGCGAGUGUUUUGUCAAUGUCCGGGUUACGAUUGUGCUGUGUUCGAAUUGCCUCAUUCGAGGCCCCGAGCUUUGAGUAACGUAGUGACGUUCAGAAUUUCAAUCCCUAAAAAUACAAAUAUAUUUCCAAAAACUAUCUAAUAGCACAAACUGAAGUAUCGUAUUUUGAUUUUUAAUAUCUAAUAUAUUCAAUGCAUGAAAUAUGUUUUUUUAUAUUGUACUUAUUAUUUAUUUAAUCAUCAUUAUGUACUGUUAAUAUCAAUAUGUUAUAAAUACAAUAAUAUCACGUACUGUUAGUAACAAAUGUACCUACAUUCCAAAUUAUUACAUAUUUGAGUUGCUACAAUAUCGAAUUCAAUCGAUUCGUAAUUUUAUUGAAGAGCAUUAAAAUCAGGAGGAAUUGAAUCUCUCGCUAACCUCAAUUGAUUACCAUGUACAGUAAAUUCCACAUAUAAUGACCUCGAAGAUAUGUCCAGAACAAGUUAAAAACACAGACACAUCAUCUUAAAAAAAGUAAACUUCCUAUUUUUGUUACACAUUUUGUUAAAUAAAGAUAGAAAUAUAGAAGCAUAUACAUUGUAUGUAUCCAUUAAUAAUAAAUAGUAAAAACUGACACAUCCAUAUCUACAUAGAAUUUUCACUGCUUUUAUUGUUUACAUUUGGCCUUUGUUUUUUAUUUAAAUUGUAAUAAGUCUAAAGUUAUUGUAGACAGAAGAGUAUAAAGAAGAAUAUUCUGUUUUAUUAUUUUGGAUAGUCUUGCUACGAAGAAAUAAUGAUAACACUCCUGCACUUUUUAAAGCUUCUUCUGUGAAAUGUUUUGAUUCACCCGAAAAUCGUUAUAUGUAUUAUAUUCAAGUCAUAUUUCAAACGGAUUUCGCUGUACAUUAAAUUUGUUAAAUAUGUUUAAAUUAUACUCUAAUGAUUAAAAGUCAUUUGAUAUCCUCAACUUUAAUUAUAAAUAUACUCACAUACAUUUUUCAUAUAACAAUAAAAUAAUAAAAAAGAACUAUAGUGACCCAAAAGCAAUUGCUACUUGAAGCUUGGUGAAAAAUGUAAAUUUAACAUUGAUAACUGUAAAAUGUUUUAUAUCAUGUACUUCCAAUAUUUCAAAUAUGUAUUUAUUAUAAAAAUAUAUUGUGCAUUUGAA